CGGAAACAGGAAGUCAGGCGCCGGAAGCCGGAAGCUGGCGGUGAGGACGUGGUCGGCGGCGGCGGAGUCCCGAGCCGGACGCGGUUCGGCCGGCGAUAUGGAGCCGCUGUACCAGCAGACGCUCAAGCAGAUCCUCGAGAUCCAGUCCAGCAUGGGGCGCCUGGAAACGGCCGACAAGCAGUCUGUGCACCUUGUGGAAAAUGAAAUCCAGGCAAAUAUAGACCAGAUAUUCGAUCAUCUCGAGCGUCUGGAGAUUUUUUCCAGCAAGGAACCUCCGAACAAAAGACAGAAAGCCAAACUCCGCGUGGACCAGCUAAAGUACGACACCCAGCACCUGCAGACCGCGCUGAGAAACUUCCAGCAUCGGCGCUACACUCGGGAGCUGCAGGAGAGGCAGCGAGAGGAGCUUCUGUCGCGUACCUUCACCACCAACGACUCGGACACCACCAUCCCCAUGGACGAGUCUCUGCAGUUUAACUCCUCCCUCCAGAAAAUCCACCACGGCAUGGAUGACCUCAUUGGAGGCGGCCACAGUAUUCUGGAGGGACUGAGGGCCCAGAGGCUGACCUUGAAGGGGACGCAGAAGAAGCUCCUGGACAUCGCCAACAUGCUGGGCCUGUCCAACACGGUGAUGCGGCUCAUUGAGAAGCGGGCCUACCAGGACAAGUACUUCAUGAUCGGGGGCAUGCUGCUCACCUGCCUCAUCAUGUUCCUCGUGGUGCACUACCUGACCUGAGCCCGCCUGGCCUGUGCGGGCCACCUUC